GUGUGUGUGUUCACUGCUCUGUGUGUGUGCAUUUCGGAUGGGUUAAAUGCAGAGCACAAAUUCUGAGUAUGGGUCACCAUACUUGGCUGAAUGUCACUUCAAUAAAUGUAAAUUUUCUAGAGCAAAAUCUACUACGAUCCACAGUCACUUGAUCAGGAAAUGCUCUGUAGAUUUCAAUUACUGCAAUUUAAUGAACCAUUUCAUGUUCUUUUGUUUUUUUGGUUGCGUAUUCACUGACUGAUCUGGUGUUUGAAAUUAAAUAUAACGUUUUGAAAAAUGUUUAUAAAACCAGGAAACGAGCGGCGUGUGCUUGUUUUAUUUCUGGCGCCACCCCCUGUCUAGUCUGAUGUACUGCAAGCGUAAACUAUUAAACGGAAACGCUUGACGCAGCGUCGUGACGUCACAGCAUCAUGGCGCGUUCUCCGAUGGCGUGCUCACUCAUAACAAACAGGACAUAGACGCCGUGUAACACGAGAAUCGCAUACUAGAGGGAAUGGAUUUGAACGAAGCCUCCGCGCUCGGCGUGUUCAGUUGUGAGCUGUGCGAAAUGUCCAGUCCGUACAGCUUCUACGGGCAGAAGCCACCAAACACGAGAGCGAUAGUGCUCUUGGAGGAAUGUUACGGCAUGAAGGAUCCCUUUAGCCCAGAGAGAGAGAAGUUUCUGGUUUUAGGAUCCAAGUGCUGUCUGUGCAGUAAGACGGUGUGUGUGGGAACGGACUGCAGUCUGUUCUACACCAAGCGCUUUUGUUUGCCCUGUGUGCGGGAUCACCUCCAUCAGUUUCCAGAACAAAUUCAGAAUGAGCUGCUGAGGAAAAAGAGUGUCCAGAAGACGUCUUCUGCAUGAUGCUAGAAUGAUUUAGUCAGGACACUAGUGAGCCAUCUGGGCAGACACACAAUAUGUUUUAUUAUAUUUGUAUUUAUGUGCAACUGGAGGCAGCAAAGCAUGUUUUGAUUAAAAUCAUUUCUGUGCUGUCAAUUACUGUGAUGAGUUUUACAAACGAGUUUUAUGAUAGUGAUGAAUGCCUUAUGUUGCACGUAGCAACUAUUCAAUAAGUGAUGUUUGUCAUUGGUUUUGGUUACUUGAUGACUGAAAAGAUAAGUGACUGAUACUGUAUAUGCAUGUGUGAUGAUAUAGGGGAGUGUCGAACCGGUUGUUGGAGCACAAACCUGUUGUGAGCAUGAGCAUGCAAACACUACCACCACACCAAACCUUCAGACCUGCCACCUCCUAGAUCCUUCCGGCCUUAAGCUCAGGCCAAGUCUGACUAAACCCGACUUAGAUGCAAAAACCACAGGCAAGUAGUGAAGUAUAAGUUCCAGCACAUGCAUAGUUGGAGAUCUGUGGCUCAGUGGUCUGAGCACUGGCAGACAGUGCCAGGGAUCCCUGGUUCAAAUCCAGCCAGAUCUCCACAAUGAAUCAAUUGCAGUGGGCAGAGAAGUAGGACUGGAGUGACUGACAGGACCAGACUGAGGAGGAACAGAACAGAGAGGCUGU